ACGCUCACAUUUCAACAACUCCCAGACAAAAGUGCAGAGCUGAGAGAUUUCGGAAAGGCCUUUUUUGAUCUCUCUGUUCUGUUCUUAGGGUUUUUAUUUUAUUCUGAGUCUUUCAGCCCUGAAAGUUUGUUGCCAAGAGGAGGAGGGAGGUUUUACCCAGAAUAGCCUCUGUUUUACUGUACCUUUUCACUGCCCAGUUCCACAGUUACAGUAGGUAAGACAGUUAUAUUUUGACUUUUUUUCUCAUCUUUUCUGUGCUCCAGGUUGUUUGUGAUCAUUGAUUGAUCUGUUUGGCUGAUAGAUGAAAAAGUACAUUUCUUGAAGAAUUCCAGAGCUCAUGCAAAAUCAUAAAGCAGUUUUUUGUGGGAUUUUCUCAGAGUUCUACUUCCGACUGGGGUAAGGUCUGCAUGUCCGCACCCUCCCUAGACCCAGGUUUUUGCGGGAUUUUACUGGGUUUGUUGUUAAAUCGGCCCAGCGAAAGGAGGUUUACUUAUGUGUUCUUUUUUGUUAGGAAAGAAUAAAUUGUGGUUUUGCUGCAGAUUAUGAUGAUUUGGAACAAUAAUAGGGCUUUGUUUGUGAUUAAAAUGCUCAAUCAUAAAGGGAAAAUGUGUUUUAGGUGAAGAGAUGUGAAAGAUGGUUUGUUGAGGGAGAGAAUGGGAUACAUGUGUGAGUUCUGUGGGGAGCAGAGAUCGGUGGUAUACUGUCGGUCCGAUGCAGCAAGUUUGUGCUUAUCGUGUGACCGAAAUGUACACUCUGCAAAUGCGCUGUCGCAGCGCCAUUCGAGGACACUUUUGUGUGAGAGAUGCACGUCACAGCCCUCUGUGGUUAGGUGCGCAGAGGAGAGGAUAUCUCUUUGCCAGAACUGUGACUGGGCAGGCCACCCUAAUAACUCCUCUCACAAGAGGCAAGCGGUCAGCUGCUAUUCGGGCUGCCCUUCAGCUGCCCAACUCUCCACCAUAUGGUCAUUCCUCUUGGAUUUCCCUUCGGUCGGGGAUUCCACUUGUGAACAGGGAAUGGGUUCGAUGAGCAUCACCGAUAGUCACCACGUUGCCCGAGUUCCAGAAGGAGGGGGAAGCGAACCAACUGUAAAUUUGCUCCCCAAUAGGGUGGGGGCAUCUUUGGAAACCAUUGACAAGAAGCUACACGCCAUGGAACUCCCAAUUGGAUCCACAUAUCCCUCCUCCCCAAAGGUCUGCAAUCCGGGAACCAAAGAACCAAGAAGCGUGUUCGAGGAUGAUGACUUCUGUGGGGAUUUCAAUGUGGAUGAAAAUUAUGAAGAGCUGUUUGGGAUGUCAUUUAAUGAUCCGGAGAACCAAGGGAUCGAUGACCUGUUUGAGACUGAGGACUUUGCUCAUUCCAGUUGUAAGGGUGUGAGUGCUGUUGAGGUUGCUCUAAUGUCUCACUGUCCAUCCAUAUACUCAUCUUCUCAUAUACUCCUCCAUCCAAAUUUAGUUGUCUACUUUUUCCUUUGUUGGGAUACCAGGAAUUCACUGUCCACUUACUUUAUCUGGUUAAGAGAUGACGAUGAAUUACCCAAAGUACCCUUGAAGAUCAUAUUAUGUCUCAAAUCUAUCCGUUAUGUUUUAUGGACAAUAUUGAGCUGGUUGAUGUAUGGCAGGGGUCAUCAAUGGGGAGACAGGUGAAUCCAAUUCAGGCGAUAUCUGGAGAUUCCAUCAUGAGCUGCUGCUGGACCGAACCACCCAACGCGUGCUUUGGACAGUCCAACAACAAGAUGUCAUUCUCAAAUGCCACAGGAGAGAGUAGUGGCGGCGGCGGUGGCGGAGAUCACCAGGACUGCGGAACUUCCUCAUUGGGAGACCUGCCCUUAACUAGUACUAGUAGUAGGACCGUUGCUGUAUUGCGCUACAAAGAAAAGAAGAAAACUCGCAAGUUUGAAAAGCAAGUGAGGUAUGCUUCUCGUAAGGCCAGAGCAGAUGUGAGGAGGCGUGUGAAGGGGCGGUUCAUCAAGCCCGGCGAUGCAUAUGAUUAUGACCCCCUAAGCCAAACAAGGAGCUACUAAUCAAAGUGAGCCAAGUAUAAAUUGCCAAGGAAUUGAAAUGGAUAACCGCGCAUCCGUGGGUUCUUGCAAUUGUUUGGAUGCCACUAUGCAACAAUUCCUUGUCUCGGGGUCGCAUUUCAUCAUCAAGAUCGCACAUUAUGAUGGGACGAUCGAAGAACCUCCUGCUCCAAGUAUGUGUAUAUAUUCUUCUUAUUUACCUCUAUGCAUGCAAUGUGUUGGAGGAGUUGUUUGGAGGAUAGCACAUUGUUCCUUCUAUUCAUAGCUGCAGCAAAUGAGCUUUUUUGCUUCACUGUUUUCUUUUCGUGUACUUUUAUUUUAAAAAAAUGAUACAUACACGCCUCCAGAACACUCUCUCUCGCGCCCUCUCUCACAUCUGUGUGGGUCCCACAAGAGUGAAGUCCACACACGUGUCAGAGAGAGAGAGUGAGUGAGGGUGUUUGUGUAAAAUUGCUAUUUUUUUCCCAGAUCACUAUGUGUGAUUUCUAAGUCAUCUCAAUAAGGCACUUACAUAAUAGGGAGAGGGUUAAUGAUUUAUCUUGUCUGUCCUCUUAUAUAUAUCUUGUUUAUUCUCUUUUGUAGAAAACAUACUAUAGCUCAUAUUGUACCCCCCAAAAAAAAUACUAUAGCUCAUA